UACAUUGAAUUUGUGUAAUAUUCACAUCUUAACAAACAAAAAAUUACACAGAAACAGCUGCAACCAAGUCAUUCCCACCCACUUCGUAAUAUCACACAAAUCCGAUGUCAUUUUGCAUUCAAAACCAACGCGAUAAUAAAUCACGCAACACUGCCGAUGUUUUGCUUCAGUUAAUGGCGGACGGGUAAAUUAAAAUGCGUUCGAUCGACAGCUCGCGUCAUUUUUUGAUGUUUCUGACGAGUUAAGUUCCAAAAAACUUUUAAAAUGUGUGGUCCGGAUCAAUCGCGAGUGCUUUGUGCCAGAUUGGAAGCGGUCGAGCGGAAAAACCCCGUGAUUUGACCUAAUUAGAGCAGUUGUCCGUUGCAAAAAUAAGACCUGCGUUUCAUCGCAAUUUCGUCGGAUCCAUUUUGAAGGGACCGCACGAUUGGUUUAUUUCGGCCAAGAAUAGCACGGGAAAUUGCACCGGCAACAUUUUUCCGAAGUGUCCAGCUAGAUGGAAAACAUCGAGAAAACCGAGGGCACCGUUUCUUCAAUGGAAUCGCUGACCGUACCGCCGCCGGUUUCGAGAAUCGUUUCCGUAUCGGAUGGCGAGGGAAAUGACGAUAAUGGCCAUGGCGUUAUGGAAGAGCUGGAGGAUUUGAUCAGCAGUCUUCGAUUUACGAUGUCCUGUUAUCAGUUACAGCCAGGAUAUCGGGACGAAAGCUCGAGCGAUCCACUGUUUGCUGAGGAAAUCUAAACACUGCCUUAAGUGCCUGAAAGGGCUCACUGCGGUUCCAUGGGUUUAUCAUCUGAAGUCGAGCCUGAAGCCUCCCAGUCGUUGAGCUCCUUAUUUGUAUAAUUCUUGCAUAACCUGUGAUCUCGCUCUAAAAGCCAAUGGUAACCGAGUGUGUAGCUU